GUUUCUUUUAUUUAAAGUGAUUUGGCCUGGAUUUGUAUGAAUUGAAUUGAAUUUAUUGAAUAUCUUAUUGAAUCGAAUUGAUUUUUGGAUUGAAUUUUGAAUUUAUUGAAUUGAUCGUUUGAAUUUGAAUCUUGGAUUAUUGAAUCAUGGAUAAAUUGUCCGAUCGAGUUUUUAAAGCAAAAAUCACGAAAUCUUUCAAAUCGAAAAAGUUUGAUCGAAAACUGGUGUCCGAACUGAACGAAGAAUUCGAAAAUCGUACGGCUGGACUUGAUGAAGAUGAAUUGGAAUUAUGGAAAAAAUAUGACGAUAUAUUGAAGGCAAUGAUCAAUAAUGUUAAUCUGAAUGAAUUAUUGAAUAAUGAUGAUGGUGAUGAUGACGUGGAUCUAAAUGAAUCUGAUGCUGAUAAUGAUGAUAGAAGUACUCAUGGUAGUCAUCUCGAUGAUGAUGAUCGUGUUUCGUCUAGUGGAUCCAAUCCUGAUGCGAAAAAUGAUAUACCGAUUUACAAAAUUGUAAAUUCAAUCAAAUCGUUUAAGGAUAAUGUUGCUGAAUGGCCAGCGUUCAAAAGUCGUGUUGAAUCGCUGAUUAUUGAACGGAAAAAUAUUUCUGAAAGUUCAAAAAGAAUCAUCAUUUCCGGUAUUGUAAGAGGUAAAGCAUCUUCGAUAUGGGAUCGAUGCGAAACCCAAAAAAUGGAUAUAAAAAAGAGCUGGAAAGCCUUGUCGAAAGAAUUCGAAGAUCCUGAGCUCAUAAAUAUGUACAUCCAGUCGAUGAUACUGAAAAUGACCAAUGUGAAGGACAAAUACGAUACCGAUGGUCUUGGAAAGAUUGAAACGCAAAUUGAAGAAUUUGCGAAUGCCAUGUUUAACUUGGGUCCUCGUUAUGUCGAUAACACGUCCCAAAUAGUUUGGAAAAUUGCCAAUAAAUUUUGGAAAAAAGAAUCAGAAAAAAUCAUUGCUGAAUGUCAAUCGUUGGACGAUCUUGUGGAACGGGUUAAAAAGGCUCAUCGCCAUGCCCUAACGUGGGCACAACAUAAUGCUGAGCUUAAGUUGUCGGCAAAAUCUGUGAAAAAUGUUGAACCAAAGCCCAGAGUAUCAUCUGUUCGAUCUGUGAUGGCUAACCCAAUGAAGAAAUGUUUUUUGUGUGAUAAGCCUGGACAUAUGGCUACCGUUUGUAAAAGUGAAUUGUCCAGCUCCGAUAAAAAGAAAAUUGUAUUUGAUAAAGGUUUGUGUCAUAUAUGUCUAUGGCCUGGACACAAAUCAAUGGAUUGCCGUCGAAAGGACGUAAUAAAGUGUACAUCAUGUAAUAGCAAUCAUCCGACAUCAUUGCAUGGUAUAAAUUUUGCUGAAACUGAAGUAAAAACUGUGGCUACCGCGGACAUGAACGUCGUGCGUGGUUCAACUGGAUUUAAUAUUGGUAAAUUCCGUGGCCGUAUCGGCAGAAAUGAAUGUGACAUACUAAUAGAUUCCGGCGCUGACGUAUCAGUUGUUGCCAGCAAUUUGGCUCCUUUAGAAUGCCGGCGUAAAGUCACACCGAUAAAGAUUUGUGGAUUCGAAAAAUCCAUGUCCCGAAUCGUCGAACAGGUUGCUGAUAUAGUUAUAACGCAUCCUGAUGGCAAAUCAAACAUAGAGGCCUAUGUUUCUGAUGGUGUCCCAUUAAACAAUGUUAUUGUUGGUCGAGAUUACAUGGCCAAAUUAUUUCGUGAUGGUCACCGUGUUUGGCAUACCGUGUUUGGCGAUAUAGAUCUUGAAUCAAUGAAAGUGAUCAACGUUAUUGAACAACGAAAUGAAAAACGUGUUGUAAAUUGGAAUGAAAAUGAUUGUCCUGAAGAAGUUGAUGAUGGAAAAAUGAAUUUACAAAUAGAAAAAUUGGAUAAUGGUAGAUUUAAAGUUAAGCUACCGUUUUUCUCAAGCAAAAGACCACCGAAUAAUUUUAAUAAAGCGGUUGAACAUCUUGAUCGUCUGCAAUCUCGUUUGAGCAAAAAAGGUCUUUUGGAACAAUAUGAAUCUGAAUUAAUGAAAUUUGUUGAAAAUAAUCAUGCCGAGAUUAUUAAUGAAACAGAUGGGUAUUUUAUCCCACAUCAUGAAGUUGAACGACCUGAUGCCGCGACUACCAAGUUUCGAAUUGUAUUGAAUGCGUCAUUCGGUUGGAAUUCAUUGAACGAUUUGCUUUGGAAAGGUGAAUCAUUGAAUUUGAAUACAUUGCCUCAUCUUGUGAGAAUUAGAAUGGCUCCGUUUCUUUGUAUUGGUGAUUUACAAAAGGCGUUUUUACAAAUCGUUAUCGAUGAAUCUGAUCGCCAAUAUUUACGAUUUUUAUGGAAGAAUCAAAGUAAUCAAUUGAUGAUAAUGCAAAUGAUUGUAUUGCCAUUUGGUGUUAUUAGUGCGCCAGCAAUAUUGACGCAAGUUGUGUCAACCAUUAUUAAUAACAUGUCGUUGAAUUCACGAAGUAUUUUGGAAAAUUCUAUGUAUAUGGACGAUUUGCUCGCCGUAUCUCAUUCAGAAUCUUUGUUGUUGAAUGUAAUGAAUGAAGCAAAAUCAUCGUUUGAAUCGUCUGGUUUUGUUCUACAUAAAAUGGUCUCGAAUUCUACAUUUAUUCGUGAUUGUUUUGGAAUCGAAUCGUCAAGCUGUAAAUUGCUUGGUUUGGUUUGGAAUUGUAUCGAUGAUUAUUUGAAUAUUAAUUGGAAAAUCCCUGAUAAAAUUGAUACGAAACGAAAAUUAUUACGAUUUAUUGGUCAACUAUUUGAUCCUUUAGGAUUUUGUGAACCUGUGAAAUUAUUAUUUCGUAAAGAAUUUGCUACAAUCCAGGAUAAGGAUUGGGAUGAUGAUUUAGACGAAGAAAUUGUAUCCAAGAUCAACGAUCUUACGAUUGGAUUAAAUGAAUUGAAUGAAAUUAAAUUUGUCCGUUAUGUUGAAGAUCAAAGGCAAGUGUCAUGUUUCGUGGAUGCAAGUUUUGAUGGUUAUGGUUACGCCAUAUAUUUGGGAAAAGAUCUGAUUUUUGGAAAGUCUAAAAUAUCUCCACGUGGUCGAACAAUCGUCGAUUUGGAAUUAUUGGCAUUAUAUGAAGGCGUUAAAGCCACCUCGCGUAUUGUUGAUUAUUUGAAAUAUGUUGGCGAAGUUGAAAUUUUUACCGAUUCGCAAAUAAACAUUGAUCGAUUAAAAUCGUCACCGAAUGAAUUUCAGAUUUCGAUUGCACGUCGAUUGCUCUCGAUUCUAAUGACUGGGUUUGAAAUUCAUGCUAAGUUUCGGCACAUAAGUGGUAAACUUAAUCCUGCUGAUUUGUUUUCGAGAGGAUGUAACGCUGAACGUUAUAUUACCGUCAAACCAUAUGAAAUCGAUAUUGAUAAAAUGAUCGCUGAUAGCAGUGAACCUGUUGUAACGAAAUUGAUUUGUACCAUUCGAGAAACAUGGAUUCCUGAUCAAACGGUGCGGAAUUGGAUGGACAAAUGCGGUGUGAUUUCAAAAAUGACAAAAUGGAUACAACGAUGUUUGAAUUGGAUGGAAAGUGCUACCGACCGAAAACCUCAUUUUAACGCUCUACAUACCUUAUACCUGAUUUACCAACGUAGUGAAUUGAAACGCGCAGAUAAUUUGGUCGAUAAGAAUGGACUGUUGCAUUAUUGGUCAAGAGAUUUGGAAAAUCGCCCUAUAUGGAUUCCAAAAAAUACAAUUCUGGCUAACGAAAUGUUGAAAUUGGCACAUAAAAAAUCGCUUCAUCGUGGAUGUGAAAUGUCAUUAGCAAUGGUUUUGAAUGAAGUUCGAAUUGCAAAUGCUAAUCGUCAUAUGAGAAAAAUAAUUAAUGAUUGUGUCUUAUGCCGAAUGAUCCGAGGUAAUGCAAUUAAACAACCACUGGGACCAUUACAUGAAAUUCAGAAACGGUUCAUGAAGCCAUUUGAAUGUAUAAUGAUGGAUGCGUUUGGACCGUUAACUAUUGCAAAUGGUAAAAAAUGCUAUGGAAUCGUUAUUAUGUGUCGAACAACAAAAGCGGUUAAAGUUAGUGUUCUCGAAAAUUUGUCCGAAAAUUCGUUAUAUGAUACUUUGAGAACCGUGUGGAAUCAAGUUGGAUAUCCGACGGAAGUGUGGUCGGAUAACGCAACCAAUUUUAUGGCUGUUCGUGAAAAAUUGAAUAAAUUGGCCCUAUCUGGUCAAACAAAUACUGUUAAUUGGAAAACGUCAACACCAUUGGCGCCUUGGAUGAAUGGUGCAGCCGAACGAAUGAUUAGAUUGGUGAAGGAAUGCUUGAAAAUGUUGCCAAAAAAGGCCCGUUCACUUUUUUCUUUGCAACGAAAUUUUAAUUACGUGGAAUUUGUUAUUAACCAACGACCGAUAAUACAAAAUGAUGGCCGUUUUUUCUCUGCCUUUGAACUAUGGAUGGGUCGUACCAUGAAUCUAAAUCAAGAAAAUAAUAUGGACAACGUAUGGGAAAUGAAAAAUGAGAGAUCAAAAUUUGUCAAAGAAGUUGCCAAAUUAUGGAUGUCCCAAUACCUGAAGAAAUUGGCUCGAAUGUCAACCAACAAAUCGACUGAUGUGCAAAUUGGUGAUUGGUUAAUGUUGCCUGAAUAUCUGACUAAACGUUCUAAUUGGCCUAUUGGACAAGUAAUGGAAGUCAAGAAUGGUUCUGAUGGCAUAUGUCGUACUGUAAAAAUUCGAAUUAAUGGAACAGAAUUGUGGAGACCAACGAAUCGUUUGGUUUGGAUAUCACAUUCUCGGCGGGAGAAUUGUUGCGGUACAUUGUUUGUGAAUAUGGCUGAAUAGUCGAAAGCACAUUUAUCGAACUUUUUGAUGUGAAAAUCAUUUUGUGUGUGUUUAUGCUUUUCUUGUAAUUUUGUGAUUUUUGAUCCAAGUGAAAAUUAUUAAUGUUAACCCAACACUUUGUAUGUUACCAAAUUUUCUUUUAACUAUUAUAAACUAAAUUUAUUGUUCAUUUUUUCAGAAAUAAAGAUUAUAACUUUUUAU